AUGAAAUUUGGGAGGGAAUUUAGGAUUCACCUAGAGCAAACCCUGCCGGAGUGGAGGGACAAAUUCUUGCGCUACAAGCUGUUGAAGAAGCUGCUGAAUAGUAUUGCUCCCGCCGCCGGUUAUCUGCCUCCGCGCCUUCCAUUGCCGGAGUUUCAGGUCUGGUUUGUGGCGAUUCUCACCGGGGAAAUUGAAAAGUUCAACGAUUUCUACGUCGGCAAGGAGGAGGAUCUCAUCAUCCGUUUCCAAGCCGCCCUCAAGGAGACAAUUGAGCGAGUGCAGGCCUUAUCAAUGCUAAGCAUGCCUUUCACUCAGCUUGCUUUCCAUCAGCCAUUCUUCGUAACCGAACCUCUAACAAGGUUAAUUCAUCGAGGUGAGAAGAUGAGAGGCUAG